GUGCUCUCAUAUCUCUUUUGCUGUUUGUUACGGACGAUGGGCCGAGAUCCUUUGCGCUGUGUCAUGUAGCAGCCCAUCAUCCCACGGCCCAGGCCCAAAAGCGUCGGGUUACCUGGCCGGCGCCGACACGGGCACGAACCCCCUUCGUCCUCUACUUAUGCAUCGUUGCGAUGCAGAGCAACCUCACGCGUUCGCCAAGCACCACCGCAACAACAACAACAAGGAAGGCCCCUGCAAUUUCCAACGAGAAACAGAGAGGCAGUUCUGGCAUGGAGAGGUUCGCCGCUAUGGUCACCGGCCGCCGUGCCGCUCCCGCUCCCAAGCCCGCGUCCGCCGCCGCUGAGUCGGAAGGGGACAAGGAGUACCUGCGGAUCCAACUGGAGGAGAUCGUGAUCGUCAAGGACGACGCGUACGACGCGCUCGCCGCCGCCACGGCCGCCGCCCGCGCCCACGCCCACCCCCACCCCCACGCCCACGCCAACGGCCAAUUCAGCAGCGCCGCCGCAUCCACCUCCAUGGAGAACUGCGCGAAGGCCGCGGUGGCGGCGCCGCAUGGGGGUCCGCCGAUGGCUGCAGCGCCGCCGGGCGCGUGGGCAAGCGUGGGGAGGAUCGUUGGCGACUAGAGGUUGACCAAGCCUCGCCGUUCUCCUUGAUUCCAGUACCCAAUUGGGGGCGAGAGAUUCUCCGUAGUACAAGUUCAGGUUCCUCUAGUGGUAUCUCGACGAAGUUGGUGAGCUUUACGGGUUUUUUUUUUCUGUUGCUUGAUUCUUCGUAGUUGCUCGAUUCUGGGAGGAGAUUGGAUCGGUUCUAACUUGGAUCGUCGGUGUUUGGAAACUGGGGAUGUACACACGGCCGAUUGUGUCUAGUUCCAUAAAUCGGUGGACACGACUACUCGAUCCUACUGUAAUGCCACUUAAUCUGACGGAUUUUGUUCAAUUUGCGGCGAGAUCUGUUGAACGCAUCCUGCUUAAUUUGCGGUUCAUCAAAUAGUUUGAUCAACUGUUAUCAUCA